CUUUAUCUAACUGUGUAGGUAGUCUAUUAAAGCCAUCAUACCCACGAACUCGAAACCACUGUCAAGAAAAGCAGAACUACAUACCAAAGACAUAUCCAUCUCAGAAAGAUACACUUCGACCUUCAACUUUUACCAACCUUGAUUAGCUAUUCCUUAUAUUUCUGGUUCUUAACGUCUAUUAUUUCCUCACGAUGAAGAUCACUCUACUAUCUACGUGCCUAUAUACUACAACUUUAGUUAGGCUGUUAGGCUCGACCUAUGCUGCAGUCAUUCCCCGCUCAGAUGCCGACACCAUUGCCAACUUUGGGAGGAUAGGCAUCUGUCUCUCAUACCUCGGAGCUGGAAACACAGAGAAGGAGCUCGCCCCGUGUAAGAUAUUUUGCCCGGCGCAAAAUCCGGGGUCAGACCCGAACGCCGUUGGUUGCAAAGGUCCAGAUGUGCCUACAGACAAAUUAGAUCCUAGCACAAUAGACAAAGACGACGACGGGAACGAAUUUACUCCGGGCGAGUGUAUCUGCGACCUCUCGGGAGCCGUUGCAUUCCUUGAUGUGGUCAUCCAGGGACUUUCGAAGCUAGACAACGUGAUAUGCGCCGUGGUGCUAUCGGCCGUGACGACCCUCGUCGAGGAAGGUCUUGAUGCUGUGCCUGGAGGCGCAUCUGUGACCGCGGUUCAGAAAGCCGUCGAAGGUGCUAAGACGUUCGUGGAGAACGGGCUUGAUGCUAUCUCGUUCUUCAGCGAUUAUAUUGGAAAGGCGUGCGGUGUUUCUGACUUCAGCUUCAACUUGGACGACGUAUUCCAGGGCUUGAGUGAUGCUCCGGACUCGCUCGGUAUGAGCAGGGGCUGCUUUAGACAGAACAAGAGUUGUUAAAACCCUUGAAGCACUGAAUGAAUCUUCACGUCGAAACAUUGGGCAGCAGGAGUUAGGGUGGCAUUGGUAUUGCUAUGGGGGACUGGUCGGGAAAUUAAUUUGAUUCAUAACUUCAAUGGCGUGAUGGAUAAGGGUUAGGCGUAUGGUAUGGUAUUUGAUUAGAGUUUAUUCUAAUGUUGCUAUCAUUUAAGGGACCUAUGUUAUAGAUAUAUCAACAUUCCAUGGUUCUGUCAGGGUAUUAGUGGGUAGGGGUAUCUACAGGGGUCUAUCUACUAUAUAAGGGGCG